AUGGAUUUUUGUGCAUUGCUUCCCAUUAUUUCUUUUCCUCCCUUCUUACUUAGAAUCUUUCCAUCUGUGCUCACGUCAUAUUUAUCAAGAUUUUCCUUUUUCAUACUUUCAAAAAUUUCUUCUGUUUUUUCCUUUAUAGUUGUGCUUUUUGGCUCGGUUUUCCCCUUAAUUUCAGGAGAUUCCUCCUCCGCAGUGUGCAUACUAAGAUCAUCUUCAUUAUUUUCAUCUAUCGGGGAUAAUUUUGGAGUGACAAUAUUUUGUUUAAAAGCUUUUGGAGUGCUUUCAUUUACUUGACGACUUUCAUUGGAGUUUGUUUGAAGGAGGGGAAGUAAUUUUUUGAUUUGUUCUAGUGCUGGAUCUUCCAUUUGUCUUACUGAAACAUUCAUUGGUCUAUCAUUUUGAUCCUUUAACAUGUGUAAAUAUCGUCUUAAUUCCUGGUUAUAAUUUAUAUUUUUUAAUUCGGUGUUAGCAUUUAGAUUUUUAAUAGUUUCCAAAUUUUCUCGAGUA